UGCUGCGGCUCCUCUGAAACUUUCUCCGGGUCACCAUGAGGAGAGCUCAAAGUGAAAAUUAGCGGAACAGAACGAUUGACAGCUUCACUACAUGGAACAAACUUUAAGACGUACGAUUUGCAAACUUCGGAGUCUAUGAUUAAUCGAAAAUCAACGAUAGACAUUUGUCCAGUAUCCGCAAAACUCUGAACCAUGGAGAACCAAAACAGACCUCAGCGCAGUUUGUCAACAGCAGGAGACAGUUUGUACCAAGUCCUGGGUCUGGAGAAGGGAGCGACACCGGAGGAAAUAAAAAAGGCAUACAGGAAACUAGCGUUGAGACAUCACCCCGAUAAGAACCCAGACAACCCAGAGGCUGCUGAGAAAUUCAAAGAGAUCAACAACGCCAACUCCAUCCUCAGUGAUGAAAACAAACGCAAGAUCUACGAUGAGUAUGGCUCCAUGGGACUCUAUGUGGCAGAACAGUUUGGUGAUGAGAGUGUCAAGUAUUACUUCCUCAUGUCCAAGUGCUGGUUUAAGGCCCUUGUGGUGUGCAUUGGAAUUUUCACGUGUUGCUGUUGUUGCUGCUGCUGCUGUUUCUGUUGCGGGAAGUGCAAAUCAGAAGAAGAGGAGAACUUUGCCUACAUGGACCCGGAGGACCUGGAGGCUGAGAUCAGAGAACAGGAUGAAGCCGGAGACCAUGUAAUAAUAAUUCAGCCGAGCCCUAGUGCUGCCACUGACACUUCAGGUGAAGCUGUCACCUCUGCAGGUAAAGUUCACCUCAGCUGGCUGCUGCUCUGUGCUGCUGAAUGUAAACGGAAAAACAUUUACCAUGGACAAGUUCCUUUGAUUUUUAUUAAGCUUUAAACAGCUCUGGUCGAAUCAACCGUGGAUUUUUUUAUGCUAACAUUGAACUGUCUUAACACCUUCCUGUAUGUGCAGCAGCAAAAUGAUUACCUUUUGCUUUUUUGGCUGGUUCCUUGCUUCUGUUUCUUUCCCAGUCUCUUUACUAAUUAUUUGAUAUGAAAUACAGACUGACACAUUCAAUCUUAAGCGGAAAACUUUAAAUGGAUGAUUUUUUUGGCAUUUUUGCUUGAUAAAUGACCAAAUAAAUCACCCAUAUGCUUUUUUACACCUUUACCAUCGGUAAAUUAGUUACAAAUGCAUACUUAAUCAAGUUCAAACACCUCUAUUAAAAUAUAUCUUUUCCACUUUUAAACUGCAAUUCAACCUUGACUGUGUAUAGCAAGUGGACGUAGCCCUUGUGAUUUCACCCUUUUCAAACCUUCCGUUUGUUUUGACUAGUUUGAAACUAUUAGUGACCAUAUUUAUAAGAGAGUGGAGUUUAUGAGGGGUAAUGGGUCUACAAACGCCAGGACAUCAGCUAAUGCCAGGGCAACUUCAGUUACCACGGUUACAUGUCAUUUAAAUUUGCCCAUUUACUCGUUAAAGUUAACUUGGCGGUGUGCCCAUGCAGAUAUUGAGUAAGAUUUUUUAAGGUCAUGGUUUUGGAUCGUUAUUCAGAAGGACACACUGCUGUGAUGUAUGACUAGCUUUAUUGUCUAUUUUGAUCUUAAUAGGGUUGUUUUUAACCAAACAAACAUGAUGCAUCACUGAAAAUGACUCAGAUCUUGUGAUUCAAACCAAAAACCUUCAAGGGAAAUAAAUGGUUAACGAUUAAUUCUGGAGUAGACAUUUUGACAUGCUUACUCAGUGACUUCAGAUUAAUCAUUUUCCCCCUCCCUUAGCAUGUUUCUGCCCCCUGCUGCUCAUUUUUAAAAGCACAGGUUAAAGAGACCUCCACAUUGACUUCACAUUUCACAUAUUGAUGCUAUGUCCACUUCUUAUUAACAGCCUUAAAGCUAACUGCUCUGUUUUCUCACUGGAAAUAAUGGGAAUUAUUUCAUUUAUUUUAAUUUCAGCUGUUUAAUUCCUCUGUUUUUCCUGUGACACCUCCAGGCGAGAACGUACCAAUCGUGAUCCAACCUCAUGCGACCAACAACGGCACCUCGGGGCCCUGAUCCUCCACCCAGCCGUCCCCGUCUGCUGAUAAACGAGUGAGUCCUCGGGGUCUGGACUGUCUGAUUAAACCAUAUCUGCUCCAGCAGCUGUAAGGAUUGAAUGUGGCUGUAACGUAUCUGUCUCAGAGGCUUUUAAAUGAAUCAAGCAGCGAUUUGAUUGUGCCAUAAUUUCUAUUUUUAAAGUGCCAAUGGGUUUGCCUUCACUGCAUAUCAUAUUUAUUUUUUUAACUUUAUAUUUUUGGAUUCUGGGUACAAUCUGGACUGCAGUGUCGAAUGAGGAAGCCAUGCAGAUCAAAGCUCUGAUAUAUUUUUGUAUGUGCACUUUAAAAUCACAAGUUCAUGUUUAAAACCCUGAAAACUGCCAUGACGGUCUGAAAACGUGUCUACUCAAGAUCUGAGUCAGAACUUUUUUAUGCAACUUAACAGGAUAUUUGAGGCCAACCACUUGGAGACUUACGAGGUGUUUUAGUUACACUGCGCAUAGUUACAGAAUCCAUUUAUAUUGUUAUUUCUCUAAUGUAGAUGAUAUUUUGACUCCACCAAACAGUGCAUUUUAAAUGUUUGGUUUUCUACCAUGUUAAGAGUCCGACUAUUCAAAAAACUGUAAAUGCAAUACCAGAAAUAAUUCAUCAUUUUGGGAAAAACACUUGUUUGCUUUCUUUCUGAACUGGCUUUGUAGUUCGAGUGUUUAUAUUUCAUCCUUUAAUAUCUUUCCUUUACAGAGUAGUGUUGUCACAACGCCAGAAUUUUAAACUUUGACAUUAAAAUAUUAAAAAUUGUACCAUAGUAAUCCUUGUUAUGAUACCUUGCCAAAAAUAAUAAGUCCUAAGCAAUCAAUUUUGAGUAAUUAUUUUAUUAAAUGAACAAAAGUUGUAUAUAAAAGUUAUACAUAUUAUCUGCACCAGAGGUUACUCCAAUUUUUUGCCGAGGCCCCUUAAAAUUUCAGUGUCAGAGUCUGGAGACCCCCACUCUUCUAACCUCAAGAUGUGUAAUGUUGUGCACAGCUGCAAAUGCUCAGCAGGCCUCUCACUGACAUAAGAACAAUGCACAACCUGUAAAACAGAAUAUUUUAUAUAUUUAUUUAUUGUAAGAAAUGAUGCAGAAUAUGCCAGGCAGCUUGCAUAACAGCAAAAAUGCAGCUUUCAGUUAUAAAUAUGUCUAAGAUGUUAAGUCUAUUUGAAAGCUUUGGUAUUUUUCAUUACUAUUGAUCAUCAAAAAAAGAGAUUUUAUCGUUUUAAAACAUGCUGCAUCAAAUUGUAUCUAAGUAUCUAAAGCUUUGACAACCUUAUUACAGAGUGCUGAUCCAGUAUCAGUGUUUAUGGAGGAAACAGCCUCCUUUAUUUUCUUUUGGUAAGGAAAUGCUGGUCUUGACCUUAUGUUUGUUUUCCUUUCUUUUUAAGCAAAGAGCUGUCCACAGGACCUCCACUGACUCCUGUAUCAAAAACAGCUCCAUUGCUUUCAAUACUUAAUCCAGCUAUUUUAAUUUUCUGGAUCAGUUUUACUGCAUUAGUACUUCCCAAGUGUUUUCAAAUAAUGUGGGUUUACAGCAGCUUACAUUCACCCCGAGUAAAGCACUGUGGCAAUAAAAGGCAUCCAUGUAUUUAUUCUUAAGCACUUGUAUGUUACUGAGCACCAGCUUGGGUUUAAAAUGUUUGGUUGUAAAUUUAACACAUAGUUCAACUUUAGCAGGAUUAACAAAAAGGUUUUUUUUUUAAACAUUUUAAUGCAUCAAUUCAUUUUGGUUUCAGGUGCAUUAAAUCAAAAGUCUCCUUUAUUUAACAAUCAGUAUCUUUUAAAACUUUUAAAGCUAUUAAGAACUCAGAUCUUCAGUCAUAUUUGAACUAAAAGCUGCUGCUAUGAGCAAAGUGAGAGAGAGGGGGCGCUGUCCUAACUGCUCAAAUAGGUUGGCAACAUCUGUUGACCAAAACAUUUCCUUUUUAAAAUUUUGGGGGUUUUUUUGUUCAUUUUCCCAAACAAUAAAAUCCUUUUAAAUUAGCAUGCAUGAUAUUGGAAACUUUGAAUCUUUGAGAUUAUAACAUUUAAAAGUUGAAAAUUCAACCACUGUUUUCAGUUUCUUUUAUUGACUGUACAGCGUUGAAAAUAUAUGAUUUUAAAAACUUCCAAUUUUUAAAAUGUUUAUGUCAAAAUUUUUGACUUUUUAAACUCUGCAUUUAUGAGGUUUUUGGCUUUUAAACAUAAACUUUAUAGUCUAAAAAAGGCUCAUGUCUGCCCAAAAAUGUCCACUUUUUGCUCAAAAAUGUAUAGAUCCUCUUAAUUUUUCCAUCUUUUAGGGUUGCCCUAAUUCACUGUUGUAUAUUAUGUUGCUUAUUAUGAUUUUAAAGAAAUAUAUGUACAUAUGGGAGCCACUGUUUUAAAAGAUUGAAGCGCCCAAGGGGUUUAAAUCUACACCGGUCAGAGACUUCCUGCACAGAAGCACUAGGCGGAUGGAUACACUGUUGUUUAUAUAGAAAAGUAGUUCCAGCUUUUAUCUCUCUUCAGAACUGCAGCUUAAGUUUGUCCUGAUAUCAGACAUCAUCAAUGUUCAUUAGUCAGCAUUGGUGAUAAAUUUCAGUCAUGAUACUGGAGUCUAAACUUCAGUAUGAUACUUUUUAAUACGCUAAUUGAUGAGGAUAUAUAUUUUAAUACUACAGCAAAAAUAAUGUCGUAGACAGUCAAUAUUAGGUCACUUCUGCUCAUAUAUUUGUUCUAUUGAAACAGUGUGCAGGAGAUUCUCUGCAGCUAUUGAUGGAUUGUUUCCUCCUCAGAAACCCUUCUUAAUGAAUAAGUGUAGUUUUUUAAAACUUUAGCAUGUUGAUACCACCAUUCAUCAGAUAACAGCUUGUGUCAUUUUUAAGAGUACCUGUAUGAGAGGGUUUUUGGACUUCAUACAGGAAAAGGCAAGCUGUUUCCAGUCUUUAUGCUAAGCUACACUUACUGCUGUCUCAAGCUCCUUAAUAACUUAGCACACAGGCUUCACAAAGUUUAAUCAAACGUCUCUUCCAAGACUCCUAAAGAAAGCAAAUGAAUGUAUUUCCCCGUAUAUACGUAAUAUUAUUUUCUGCUGUUUUUGCUACAGCUGCACAUAAAGCAAGGUCAGGAUAAAAAACUGGAUGAAUCAAACAGCUGGACAUCUUAGGGACUGGUUUGUCUCCAAACUCUGGUUUCUUAUUUGAUUUCAGGGAUGUGAUAAUCUUCAUCUUUCUUUUAUGGAACACAAACUCUCUGCUCUGUGUCUGAUGAUUGUAACGUGUCUGUAUUAUUAUUUUAGGCUCGAUUCAGGAAGUGUGUUUCUAUGUAAAUUCAGAUAAUAUGUGUAUUUUUCCCUUCCUUUUUUUUGAUUGGAGGUUUUAUGAGAAUUACGUGUAUAUUAGGAUAACAAAUUAAUUUAUGCCAUGUUCAUUAUGUUUACAUUAUAUGCUGUGUUUGGGAGGUUUGUGCUUCAUGGGGCUGUAGAAAUAUUAAAGUAUAUGUGCACAAUUUAAAUAAUUUAAUCUGUAUUUUGGACAGUUCAGCUGUGUAUUUAUGGAAACCUUAACAUUCACAGAGAUGUAUUUAAUUCUGAUAGUUUUAAAUGCUAGAAAUCGUACUUGACUCACUUUUACAAAGUGCCUAGAUACAUUAAAGUGGGACUAUUUUUUUAUUUUGUCACUUACAGAAAAAUAAAAUAUACAUUUAGUUUUAUCAUCUCAACAUUCCCAGGUAUUUUUUUUUUGUCAUUUUGCAGCUGUUAAAUGUUUUUUUUUCUGUAAUAUUAAAGUUUCUUACAUUAAAGAAA